GGCAGAACCGUGCGCAACGCAAUUGUGUCGGGAGAGUGUGUGUGUCUGUGUGUGCUGGGUUUUUCUUUUGUCUGCGCGUUUCGUGCGUGUGAAAAAUCAGGUUACGGUUUUGUGUCGUCGUCGAACGGCGCAUCAACUUCAACGUGACCGAAAGAGAAGAAGAAAAAGAAGAAGAAAAAGAAGAAGAAGAAGAAGAAGAAGAAGAAGAAGAAGAACAUAUACGGCCAUAAUACCCGGAGAGGAGGGGGGUGCCAGGCGACCAACAAAACACUCAAAGAGACAAAACGAAACGAAAACGAAACGAAAACGAAACGAAAACGCAAACACAAUAUCGCAAUAUCGCAAGGAGAGGAGCGACAAACCGGCCAAAACCCCUUUUGGCCAAGCGCCCCACGACGAGGCCGAGCCCACAGUGCGUAGGUGGUACGCACGUACGUACGUACGUCCGUAGUAGUGCACCGCGUCAGUAGUGGCCAGUUUUUGGCAAGUGUUUGUAAAGAACAGUCUAUUAUCGCGCGUCGUCGUCGUUUAGUCGACGCCAAAGUCUGCAAUCCAGGGACAAUCCAGGCCGACACUGCCGCACAGGGCAACAAACAAAAGGGGGCCAGACCAGGCAGGCCAGCUUCGGAGCGCAGCGCCGCGCGAAUGAUUUGCGACAAUCUGCGUCCAGCACAGUCAGCAGUGGUCGGCUAGCAGUGCAUGACGACGAUCUAAUCGACCGCAUCCGAGGACUCCCGAACAGUGGUGUUGUUCACCAGAUUAGCAGCAGCAGCAGCAGCAGUAGUAACAGGACCGACCGGACGGCACCAGCGCUAGACACAGUCCAGCUCCAGUGUGCAGUAGCAUUAGCGGCAGCGACAGAAGAAGAGGAAUUUACGGUACACCCGACAAUCCGCCGGCGGCAGCGAAGAAAGCGGACAACGACAACAACAACAGCGACAACAACGACAACAACAGCGACAACGACAACAACGAUAACAACGACAACAACGACGACCAGGGCUCGGAAGCGCAGGAAACGCAAGGACAUUCCCUGGUGGUGGUGGCGGUGGCCGGCAUCGGCAUCACCUGCCCGCGAACGCCGCCAUAACAGUGGCCGACCAACCCCCGAGGGUGGGGGUGGCUGCUCAACACAGGCCUUCGUGCUUCAACUCCCGUGACACCGGAGACACCUGGUGAAUCUGGAGGAGAUCCGCCGCCGCAGUAGCAGCAGCAGCCAAGUAUUGGCAGCAGCAGUUCAUCAACAAACACGGUGGACACUGAGUUGUGUUGUGUUGAGUGCAGAAGUGAGUUCAGUGAGUGAGUUUGUAGUUGACCCCGCAGCCCCGCCAUACCAGAGUUCCAGCCUUUGCGAGGACUCGAGCUGGUGGUGGUGUUCUCCCAAGGUCCCAGGAUUCUGCAAAUCAACCGGCCGGCAACCAGCCAGGCAACCGCUUCAAGCAAAAAGGCGCAGCCAAGCAAGCAGCGCCAAGCGUCAACAAUCAAAACCUCUCUCGGUCUGCCUGUGCCUGUGCCUGUGGCUCCGCAGUGCGCACUCUAGUGUAUAGGCAGUACUUGCAGCACUACCUCCCUAUAAGUGGUUUGCCUGGUGCGUGCCAAGUGUCAAGCCAGGUUGCUGUGCGUGUGUGUGUGUCUGUGUAGUUGCACCCGUGUGUGGUCGAGCCACGGCCAAGGCGGUUCGCCGUUCGCCGCGAAUCCAAUGAUCCUCGCAAAAAACGCAAGGCAAUCGCGAGAAGGCCUAUAGGCUCCUGCAGUGAAGGAUUCGUGCAAAUCAGAACGUGUUUGUGUGUGUGUGCGCGAGGGCGUGCGUUAGUCAGUGUUUGAGUUCGGUGAGGUGAGGUGAGGUGUCUGUGCCGUGCGACUAAGGACACGCGGCCGUGAGUAGAUCCCUGUGUGUGUGUGCGUGUGGCUCCGGCGGUCUCCCCAUUCGAAGGAGGAGACCCCGACGCGCGAGUGAAAGAAGUCAGUGUAGCAGACGAAGAGGAAGGAGAAGAAGUAGCAGCCAGCCAUCACAGCGGUCAGUCACGCACGCCAGAAGCAGAUCUAUCGGAGGAUCGAGUAGAUAGUGUGCCCCCGGUGUGUGUGAACUACGACGUCGACGUCGACGGGCAGAGAAACAAUGGCUAAAUAUAUCGCCCCGGCAGUGUGCGUGGUGGGAUGGUGGUGGCGGUUGACACUGGCGGUGACGUUGCUGUUGCUGGUGAUCGGUGGUGGCGGUGGCACUGGGCCACGCACGGUGGCCGCCCGUCGCCAUCCGCUACUGAUCGAGGACGAAGGAACACGCCGCAACAGGCCCGCAGAGUGUCAGUUUGGCAAGACGAUACGCGAGCUGCAUACGACCUGGUUCGCCGAUCUGGGCCCACCGUUCGGCGUGAUGUACUGCAUCAUGUGCGAAUGCGUUCCGUUCCAGAAGAAGCGACGCGUCGUCGGGCGGGUACAGUGCCGGAACAUCAAGAACGAGUGCCCGAAGCCAACCUGCGACGAUCCGAUCCUGCUGCCAGGAAGAUGCUGCAAGUCCUGUCCGGGAGACCCGCAAAGUCCGGAUGUACCGCAGGAUCAUCUUCCUCAGGCGACAAUGCCGGAAGAGGAGGAACGCAGCAAGCAUUUCGCCGCACUGCUGACCGGACGAACGACGGCGAUGCUGUUACGGCGCGGUGACGAUGACGCACAGUACGCCACGGCCAACCCGCAGAACGUGAUCGCGACCGGUCGCUUCUCGUUCCACAAGAAGAACCUCUACUACAGCUUCUACGUGUCGGAGCGUGCCGGGCGGCCCCGGGCCAUCCAGUUCGUGCACGCGAACGGUAACAUUCUCGAGGAGCACACGCUGGCGAUCGCUGCCGAUGCGGGCCGAUUCAGCGUCUACCAGAACACGACGGGCAAGGUGUGCGGUGUGUGGCGCCGGGUACCCCGAGAGUACCGUCGGCUGCUGCGCGACGAGCUCGUGAGCGUGGUGUUGCUGUGGGGCGGCACCGGUACCGGUGCCGGCAACCGUUCCCAACCGGUCACCGAGCUGGCCAUAGCAGGGCCGGUUGCCAAGUAUCCGGCCCUGGCACACGAGCUGUUUAGUGCGCUGCUGGAACCGGCCGUUUUGCCGGGUACGGAAAUCGGCCAAUCAUCAUCAUCGUCAUCGUCGUCGAUGGGCGGUGCGGGCGGGACGGCAAUCGUGUCGACGAGCAGCGGUGCGACCUCCUCGAUUCACUUGACGAUCGUGCUGAACGGGCUGUUUGCACCGGACGAGGUGAGCGAUGUGCCGCUGGUGGUGCGCCUCGAGACGACCGAUCGGCGCCAGGUGAUCCUGGAGGAUGUGCAGCGUGUCCGGAAACCGUCGCACGAGCUGAACGUGAUCGAGCUGUCCUCGCCGGUGACGGUGAGCGAUCUGCGGCUGCUGACGCGUGGCAAGCUAGCCCUGACGGUCGAGUCACGCCGCAACCCGGAUGCCCUGCGGCUGCACGGACCGGUGCGGUCGCGUGUUGCCUGCGAAAUCUUCCAGACGCUGCUCACACCGCACGGUGCCGAGCUGCGCACCGAUGCGACCGGGCUUGCCUGGAUGUACCUGAACCGGGACGGUGCCCUCGUGUACCACGUGCAGACACACCAGCUGGCCGUUGGUGCUGGCACCGGUUCCAGUAACGGUCCGAUCAUUACGCUGCUCGACGAUAGUGCCAAGCGGAAGCCGGAAAUCGAAACGCUAACCGUACACCGGGGCCACCACGGUGGGGCCGGUACGACCGAGCUGACGGUCGGUGGUAUGAUCGAGCGGAUGGGACCACGCCUGCUGGAACCACUGUACGCCGGCGAGAUGACGGUGAGCGUGGCCAACGAACAGAAUCUCACACUGCUGCACGGCAAAUUCGUCACCCGGCACGUGGCAGAUGCGCGCGAUUCGGGGGCACCGGUGCUGCUGCAGCGGCCGGCCACCGCCAACGGUGAACCGGCCGCCCACGGUGGCCAUGCGCUCGGGCUCGCCUGGAUGGCGGUCGAUAACGAGUGCAACCUGCACUACGAUCUGUCGCUCGCCGGCAUCCCAUCGGCACUGCACCCGCUGCAGCUGUACCUCGAGGAGCUGCCACUGGAGGCACCGAACGCACCGGUCAGCCGCCGGCUGCUGGAGGAGUUCGCCAGUAACCAGCUCGAGGGGUUCGCGCUCGAGCUGCCGGCCCGCGAUCUGGCCAAGCUCGAGACGAGCGUCAUCUAUCUGGAGGUGCGCUCGAACGCCUCGACCGAACCGCUGCUCCGCUCCAAGGUGCGCUCGGUGACGCGCGUCCCGCACCACUGCACCGUCCAGGGUGGCGUCGGGGGCUUUGGUGGCGGUGCGUCGGCUGGUGCCGGACCCUCCAUUCUCGCGCACGAUAACGAGGUCCAGCAGCACAACUAUCCGUUCCUGGCCAACGAUCUACCGACCGGUACGGUGGCGGUCGACCACAACAAGUGCUACCACGCGAACCGGUUCUACGACGAUGGCGAGACGUGGCGCAGCACCAUCGAGAGCUGCACCAUGUGCUCGUGCGAUGCGCGCCGCAUCAAGUGCGAUCCGAUCCGCUGUCCACCGCUGCGCUGCCGCAACGAGGACAUUAUUCAGCGGCGCGGCGACUGCUGUCCUUCCUGCAACGUUACCCGAUCAUCGACGAACUUCGCUCCGGAUCAAACCGACGUAUUAGCGAGUGGCAUCGGCAACGGUAGCAUCAGCAGCAGCAGCAGCAGCAGUAGCAGUAGCAGUGGCGAGCAGUUGCUGUCACAACCGCGUGGCUGCAUGCUCGGCGAUGAGUUCCACAUGGCCGGUUCCAACUGGCAUCCGUAUCUGCACCCGAGCGGGUUCGAGGUCUGUACCGUCUGUUCCUGCGAUCCCAAGUCACUGCAGGUGAACUGCGCGCGCGCCACCUGCCCUCCGCUGGCCUGCAGCGAUAAGGUCGCGUACCGGCCGGACAAGCAGGCUUGCUGCAAGGUGUGCCCACAGGUGAAGGAGUCGAAAAAGAAGAGUCCAGGUCCGAGCGGUAGCAAGGUACCGGCAAGCAAGGACGAGCUGCAUGAUGAGGCGGGCUCGUCGAUCGGGACGCUCCGGUCGCCGCAGACCAUCCUGGCAGACGGUGGCUGCCGCUACGAGGACCAGAUCUACGAGAACGGCCAGGAGUACCAUCCGAUACUGGCGACGCACGGCGAGGAGAAGUGCAUCAAGUGCCGCUGCAAGGAUGGCCAACUGAACUGUAACCGGAAGCGAUGCGGCACUCGACCACCGUGCCCACGACCCCAAAGUACCAAGCGUUCCGGUUUGCAGCAGCAGCAGCAACAGCAGCAACAGCAGCAGCAGCAGCAGGUGGAUGAGUGCUGCCCAUGUCGGCCAACUCGCCAUCACCGAAAGCGGCAGCAGACCAAGGAGCAGCAAGCGAAUGUCAAGAGUUGAACUUGACGUAAUUGUGACGACGAGACGCGUGACGACGACACCACGACGCCACGGCAACACCGACGACUACAGGCGUACGUGCGUGUGUGCCUGUGUGUGUGUGUAUGUGCGUCUGUAUGUGUGUAUGUGUGUGGACACCCUUGUGCCAUAUGGCUUUAGUUGAGCCCCCUAUCCCAUUCUUUCCUCUAACCCCGCUUCCCUCUCCACCUUUCCUUCCCAUCCCUUCCUUCCCUUGCAGCAGCCAUCGCAUCUUUCAAUCAGAUCAAAAAAGCUGCCACCUGGUUCCAUUUCCUUCCUGUUUUGCCUAGCCCUACUGACCUACGGUCCUUCCUUCUUCCCUAGAAACCGCUGUCUCUUCUGCCCCUUCACCCUCAACCCCUUCCCCCCCUUCCCUCAUAUUUGUAUCGCUCCCUUUUCUGCGGGGAGCAGUCUCUUCUUUAAUUCGUAUUAGCAAGCACCACACCUCUUUGGCUCCAUUUGCCUUCCAUGCCAAGCAGCAGCGAGUUAUAUUUUGAACAUUGCAAACAAGGAUUAACAACUACAACAACAACUACUACUACUACUAUUACUACUACUACUACUACAAAAAGAAAGUCAGGAAGGAAAUACCAGAAAGUGCUCCGCGUACUGCACUCCCCCCCCCCUCCCUCCUCCUCAUAGCACAUCCACACUUCCUCUUCUCGCUACCAGUUACAGGACCGUUCGCUUGCUUGGCUUAGAGAGAGCGGAUUGACCAGAGCAGCGCAGCAAAGCACAACGGCAUAAUCCUCCCACUCCAGCCCCCCCCCCCCCCUCCCCCCAUUAAGCUAUCGCCCUCCUUCUAAAGUAGCAUCCGAGAGCAUACGCCCUCCAGCACCAGCCAGGAGUGGCAGGUCUUUGUAUUAUUCGCUUGUGGCGUUGCUCCAGGCUGCUCUCAAACCCAGUCAACCUGUUAGAGGGUCCCGUGUGUUGUAUGUUGAUGCAAUCCCUGCCCGAAAACCUCCUUCCGUUUUGGCCAUCGCGUUACCAUUGCUCUUUCCCCGUAUAGAGUAGGCGUGUUUGUGGAUAUGUACGUUUGGUCUUGGGCCGCCGGAGGAGGACCGUUUUUUGAUGGCCAACAACUUUAGUGGCCCGCGACGAUCAGUUAGUCAGAUCAGCUCAGGGGGGGAGGAGAGAGGGGCACUGCAAAACGCAGAAGAAGGUGAAUGGUAGGAGGUGGUGGGGUGCUCGGUUAGGUUGGCUGAGUGAGUGCGCGGUGCGACAGAAUGUAUUAGAGAGAAAACAAUAUUUAUACUUACUGUUAAUGAACUGCAUACUUGCAUACCUUUUUUUAUCGGUGUUGUGCAGUAGAACACGAUGCGCAUAUAUAUAUAUGCAUAUAUGCACCAUGCACGAUACUGUGCGUAUGAUUAUGAAUACAUCUUUCUGUAUGUUUAGAGAUGUAUGCAUAUACAUACACAUUCACAGACAAACAUAAAACCAUGUAAUGUAUCAGCUAGCGUACAUCUUAGGCGUAUAGGUUUGAAUUUAUUUUUUUCUAAUCUUUACUAACUACUACCCCGUAUGGACGGGGCAAACCCUAUAGCACGAUAAGGACACGUAUUUAUUUUCAAACAUUUGUGCAGCAAAAGAGAGAGAGAAAAAAAGAGAGAAAGAGAGAGAGAGAGAGAGAGAGAGAGAGCAAAGAGAGAAUGCGAGUAAAGGAAAGAAAAGAAGGACUAGGAUCUUAAGGCAAGCUAGCAGGCAGCAGUUGACAGACAAUAGUUGACACGCGGCAGCAGCAAGCAUUGAUUGUCAUACAUAUGUCUACUACUACUAUAAUGAUUAAUCUUAACGAUCAUCACCACAAGAUGUCGGUAGAAUGAAUAAAGGCGCAAGCGCAGCGGCGUGCUUUUGUUUUUCGAUGUACCAUAAACGCCUCCAAAUGGUGGGGAGGACUGGUGAGCCUUUUCUCCUUGGCCUAGUUUCUAUGCGCGAAGGAAAUGCGCUUCAGCAAAAACAAAAGAAAAACUAAACAAACGGGAUACCCUGAACUACACGACAAAGUGCAGAAAACGGCACACACUUACCUAUACAAACACACACACACACACACAUACACAUACAUACCAUCAUCACCACCAACACUCCCAGCAUCCCAGCCCAUCCCCGAGCACCCGAUACCACCCAUCCCGCCCCUUCUCCCCUUACAUAAGCUAAAAUGCUUCUUCGAACGUACUAGGCGCGGCGCAAAGGAUGUUCGCAUUUACCCUAGAGCGCAGAGCUUUGUUUUUUUUUCGUUUUUUGCUUCAGUGCACACAUGGGGCAGCUUUAUAUUAUUAAAAAUCGAGAUAGAAAGAGAUACAGAGAGAGAGAGAGAGAGAGAGAGAGAGAGAGAUAGAAAGAGAAGAAGGAGUGAGUGGGUAGCAGGAAAUCUACGCGAGGACGAUCGAGACAAAAGUCGAGAAUAAAUCGAUACUGCAACAACCAACAACAGCCAAUAAGUUGAUCUUUAGUGUGUAUGCGUGUGUUCCUGUGUCUGGGUCUGUUAUUUGGAAGAGAGAAGGGUAUACUCUGUUGAUGUCCAAGAGCAAAUCGAACAGGACCCUCCAACAUCUCAA